CGUAGAAAGAUAUUAUGCCGUUAACAAAUUAUUUUUGUUGCAAAUCGGUGGUUGGCCGUAUCAGCGUAAAAUAAUGAAAAUAUUGAUACCCUGUCUUAUGACAAUAGUGCUUUAUUCUGCCAUUGUAACUCAGGUACUUUUAAUAUACGACACUUGGGGUGAUCUAGAUAUUGCCGUUGAAUGUACAAUUACCAUUAUUGUUGUUUUGGUUUCUAACAUAAAGUUAAUUAAUAUUGUUAUAAACAAUGACAAAUUUCGACGACUAUUGCAACUUAUGAAUAAACAUUGGGAGCUUUUUAAUAGCGAAUUCGAACGUCAUAUCUUGAGAUAUAAUGCUGGUAUCGGCCAAAAAGUAGCUAACUAUUUUGCAGUAUACCUUAACGCAACCUUGAUAUUUCAUUUACUAACUCCAUUCAUGCCAAAAAUAUUGGAUAUUGUAAUUCCGCUGAAUGAGUCACGGCCAUUGGCAUAUGUAUAUCGGGCUGAACAUAGAGUGGAUAAAGAGAAAUAUUACUAUCCAAUCGUAUUCCAUUCUUAUAUGACGUGUAUCAUUGUAGUAGUAAUUAUAUUUACCGUUGAUACUACAUAUCUAAAGUGUGUAUUGCAUGCUUGCAGUCUAUUUACAGCUAUCAGCCAACGUCUUGAAAAUAUUACUGGCGAGGCAGACACUAUAUUAGAUGAUUACGAAAAAAUACAUUCAGGGAUGCAUUAUCAUUUAGAAAUGUUCAUGGAGAAAAACAGUUCUGCCGGAAAUGAUUAUAGUGAAUUGAUGACGUGCUUAAAAAAACAUCAACUUGCAUUAGAACACGCUCAAACGUUGGAUUCCAUGUUCACUCAAGCGACAUUAAUUCUUCUAUCUCUGAAUAUGGUGGUAUUGAGUGUGAUCGGAAUACAGUUUGUCAAUAACCUGACGCAGGGAGAAAUAAUAAAAUACGUUUUUGUAACUUACGGUGUAUUUAUUCAUCUUAUAUACAUGUGUAUUCCCGGACAAUUGCUGAUAGACCGGAGCAGAGAAGUUUUCGACAAAGCGUACAGUUCAGCAUGGUAUACAUUUUCCAUAAAAAGUAGAAAAUUAUUAAGAGUACUUCUUUACAGAAGUCUCGCUCCGUGUACACUCACAGCUGGAAAGAUGUUCGUUAUGUCCAUGACUACGUGCAGUUCGGUGAUGCGAACUGCCAUGUCAUAUUUCACGGCUUUUUUAUCCAUAAGAUAAGGAUAUGCGACUGCAAAUAUAUUAUGUAUAUCUUCGCACAAUUAUAUUAUCUAGGAAAGUCAUUA